AUGGGUUCAAUUGGGCCAAUUUCGUCGCUAUUGGCGUCUCAGCCAAGGCUGAAGACCAUUGAUUGGGGUUCAAACGGCGUCAUGAUCUCUUUGGAUCAGCGAGGAACAAUUCUUCAACUAGGAUUCUAUCAUCCAAAACAUGGAGUUGUACUUAUCUCUCCAUUUGAACAGUUCGACGGCGACAAAUUCUACGACCCUUCCUAUGUCAGACGCUAUAGAGCGCGAAUGACCGAAUGGAUCAAAGAUGGCAAGAAGGGCUAUGGAUUACGAGUUGGAGAUGAAAGAUCAUCAGCACCCAACGAUCCCCCAGAGAUCUCCCGACAUCGCGAUCAUUUGACAUUAACGUACCAGACACAAUCCGGUAUACACGUCCAGACGAUAUUCACUAUAACAGAUCACCAUCACUUCGAACAGACCACUGUCUUAUCUACAAAAUCAGCAACAGCAGUUUCAACCGCCGUAGCACUUGAUUUGGGAAUGAGUCUGAAUCGAGCGUCAUAUGGACAGCUUACAGAAGGGGGCCCGAUUCCACUGCCAGAGUCAUUGAAUGUAUUCACAACUUCAAGAAACAAUACUUUCUCUCUCAACAACCCUAAUUUGGGUGUGGGUAUUAAAGGACGUUUCUGGACUAAUCGAUGGGAUAUUGAAGCUCUCAAAUUUGGAGACAUAAUGAAAGUAUCUCAUGGGGAGCCCGUCAAAGCUCAGAGGAAUACCAAUACACUGGUCAUUUCUACAGACUACCCAGCAGUACUAAAUUUUACUAUAGAGCUCCCUGUUUAUGCACGCCAGCCUUGUUUCCCCCUUUCUCUUCAGAUGCCAACCACACGAGCGUGGCACAUAAGAGACCCGGCGACAGUCACCAUCAUCGAGGGCAAUCUUGAAUAUAUUCUAGGCAAUUGCAUGAUACCAAUAUCCGAAAACAGCACGUGCAUAAUCACAGAUCAUGUAGCACUACCACUGGGUUGGAAUAGGGACAAUUAUUGGCAAGUCCGAUUUCUUCUCGAUGCCUACGACAGAAUAGAAUUUGCCACAGAUUCAUUUACAUCUAAAAUCUACAAACAAAAUUGCUACUCCAGCGUCAAAGCUCACUUAAACUGGGCCUUUCGUGUGUCGCAACGACCGCAUCGCUUUUGGCAUCGGUCGUACAUCGCCAGCGGUGUUCCAAAAGAUGGGCCAAUUUUCCAAUUAGAUCAGCAAUGUUACCCUAUCAUCGAACUCUGUGACUUUUUUGAUUACACGUCAGGAGAAAUGGAGACAAAGCCGUUUGUUGAGGACAUACUGCGGAAGGAGGAAACCAUCUUGGAAAUUAUCGAUGUACUCCUAGCCAGACGAGAUACCACGACGAAUUUGUUUCCGACUGACGAAACGCCCGGCGAUGAUCCUGUGGAAUACCCAUACCAUUUCUCGAGUCACAUUCUUCUAUGGUAUACUUUCACAAGACUUGCAAAACUUGUGGAGAUACUAAGAGAUAGGAAGGGCCUAGAGGCUUCGUGGCUGAGGCAAUUGGCCAACGAGACACAUGCCGCCACGAUCAAACACUUCGUCGGAUAUAAUCCAGUAACUGAGAAACGGAUGUUUGCCUAUCUUACAGAUGGAGCCGGUAAACAUGCCUUUUAUCAUGAUGCCAACGAUAUCCCUACCUUAUUCGCGCUGGAAUGGGGGUUCGUUGAUGAUAUUCCUGAUUCUGAGGCUAUCGAGACUGGGAAAUCUCUCUGGAUUCAUACAAUGAAGUUCGGGUUGUCCCCAGCCAACGAAGGAGGGUAUUACGAAGAGGGUCCCUUUGGAGGCUUAGGAAGUGUUCAUACACGCGGACCAUGGCCACUAGGCUAUUUCCAAGAGUUAGUGUUUGCAGAGAUGACUGGAGAUCUAGUAGCUAGUCAGAAAGCUUGGGAGAAGAUCAAAGGCGUGAUGUUUUUUGAUGGGCUUUUUUCCGAGGCUGUUGAUAGUUACACGGGCGAAUGUACAAGUAAAGCAUGGUUUGCUUGGCCUGGAAGCAUGAUUGGGUCCGCUUUACUUCGGGAUAGGAGUGGUAUUGUGAUGGAUGGGCUAACUCAGGGAUAG